AUGAUAGACUUUGUAUAUGCUGUGAUGUCUACUGUGUGUUUCUACUGGAGAGACGUUUUGAAGAUUCUAUUUGAGACUCUUGUGAUAUACCUGGUGGUGAGGUUGAGGUAUAAAUCCAAGUCCAAGGCUGAUGUCAUAAUCUUUCCAAAGCAUGUGAUUGAUAGGCUUGUAGAUGAGUUCAGGCCUGAAGAGCUAAUAACAGAUGUUCCAAGUACGCUGAUUCUUCCUGGUGUAUAUCCUGUAAAUGCGCUGGAUGUUGCUAGCUUUGAUGUAUUCUGCUUGGGAAUGAAUAAUAAGGAUGAGAUUGCUGCAGCAAUAAGAAAGUAUGGUGUUGGAACGUGUGGCCCAAGAGGUUUCUAUGGAACCUUGGAUGUUCAUCUUGAGCUUGAGUCUGUUAUAAGCAUGCAAAUGGGCGUGGAAGCAUCUAUAGUGUAUCCAAACAGCUUUACUGCAGUUAACAGUGUAAUUACGUGCUUCUGUAUGCAACAGGAUGCAGUGUUUUAUCACAAGGAUUGUAAUGAGGCAAUCAUAAGAGGCAUAUGUCUUUCGAAGGCCAAGGCUGUUGAGUUUGUUGAUCUCUAUGAUCUUGAAGCAAAACUUGAGACUUUCUUUAUGCCAAAGCACAAGAGCUUUGUGAUUGUUGAAGGGCUGUUCAGAAACACAGGCGCCGUUAUAGACAUACAAAAGCUUCUUGAUAUCAGGCGCAAGUACCGAUUUAGAAUCAUUUUGGAUGAGUCUUAUGCGAUACCACUGCUUCACAAGCAAGGCGUGUGUGGAAUAAACAAGGUUGCAGUCCGUGAAAUAGACAUCAUGAUAGGAUCACUGUCUCACGGCCUGUGCAGCACAGGUGCAUUUGUAACAGGUACAUCAUACACAAUUGAUUAUCAGCGCCUUGCAGGAUCCUCAUACUGUUUUUCUGCAUCUACACCGAGUGCAUUGAUUGUGGCUGCACUACUAAAUAUCAAUGCUAGUUUUGAUUAUCAUGCACUUCAAUCGAUCACUGAGGUGUUUCACCAGAGAUUUGCAUCUGCAACAUAUGAGAUUGUGUCUUCUAGAAUCUCUCCAAUGGUUAUAAUUGCAAAGAGGCAUGAGUAUAGAAUGAAUGUCCCUAAUGAUGUAUUACUCAAAGAAAUACUGGAGAUCCGAGAAGAAUUCGCUCAGAACGGUGUAAUUGUUGGAUUUAACCACAAUCCAGCUCCUUCUUUAAGAAUGUGCUUAAAUGUUAUGAUGUGCAGUGAGGACAUCAGCAAGUUGUUUUUAUUGAUUAAUAAAUGGUGA